CCCGUUUUCUGUGGAAACUUUGACUUUGAGGCACGGCAGUCUGAUCUGGAGCGACUCUUUAGGAAAUAUGGAAAGGUUGAGAGAGUUGAUAUGAAGUCUGGAUCACCUCGGAAAGUUCAUACAUUUCCUCUAUCUGAUGGAUGGCUUUUCAGCAUUCCAUGUUCUGGCUGUGACGAGCUUCCUCUUCUUUUCCCCACAGAAGAGCCACUCUGAUCCUCUAUGGCAUCGCCAUCCCACAUUUGCCUCAGACACCAUUGCAUUUCCUCACGAAUUUUCCCAGUCUCCAUUUUCAGACAUGUUCCCACGUAAAAACCAUGCCGUCCUCAAAGCAGAGGCAGCAGAAUAGAUGGAGAAGGCACACUUUUCAUUCGUUAGCCUAGCAUGUGACAUCCACUUUGGAUUCUUGUUCUUGACAUCAAUUAAAUCAUUGCGAAGGAUUUGCUUUCGUUUACAUGGAGGAUGAGAGAGAUGCAGAGGAUGCGAUUCGAGGUCUUGACCGAUUUGAAUUUGGUAGGAAGGGGCGCCGUCUUCGUGUGGAAUGGACAAAGCAAGAACGCGGCAUUAGGAGGCCUGUGGAUUCUAGAAGAUCUUCGACGAAUUCGAGACCCUCGAAGACCUUGUUUGUGAUUAAUUUUGAUCCAUAUCAUACUAGGACAAGGGACUUGGAAAAGCACUUUGAUCCAUACGGGAAGAUACUGAACGUGAGGAUAAGAAAGAAUUUUGCAUUCAUUCAAUUUGAAUCAGAGGAGGAUGCCCGCCGGGCAUUGGAGGCUACAAACAUGAGCAAGCUGAUGGAUCGUGUUAUUUCGGUGGAGUUUGCAAUCAAAGACGAUGAUGAUAGGCGAAAUGGAUACAGUCCUGAUAGAGGCCGUGAUAGGUCGCCCGGAAGGAGGGCUCAAGACAGGGGACGAUCACCCAGCCCAUAUCGGAGAGAGAGGGCUAGUCCAGAUUAUGGCCGUGGCCGUAGCCCAAGUCCCUAUCGCAAAGACCGGGCUAGUCCCGAUUAUGGUCGUGGUGGACCCACUACGAGUCCACGCAAAAGGGAAAGGGGUGAUUCCGAAUAUGAUCAUGGUCGGACCCGCAGCCCGCGAAGAGUGAGACCCAGUCCUGAUAAUCAUGGCCGUGAACCCAACCCAAGGGAGAGGGUUGUUAGUCCUGAUUAUGGUCGUGGCCACAACCGAAGCCCUAAAGGAGAGAGGAUCAGUCCUGAUGACUAUCGGCGUAGCCCAAGCCCACAAAGACAGAAGGUCAGUCCAGAUGACUACCGGCGUAGCCCAAUCCCACAAAGAGAGAAGGCAAGUCCAGAUGACUACCGGCGUAGCCCAAGCCCGGAUGCCAAGCAUGAAAUGAGGGAUAGUCCAAAAUUUGAUGAAGCAGAAGAUAGCCCCACGCAGGAGCGAUAUGGGAGUCGUUCACCUGUGGAGCGGGAAAGAUCUCGUUCUUGAAGGAUGUAUUAUGUGUUGCUGCUAUCUGCAAAAUUCAUACUAUGACUGGUGUGACCGAGUACAGAAGCUUCUGAAGACGUCAAGUAUUAGUUUGUUUUUAAUUUGUAGUUGCUAUAAAGGAUUGUGGUUCUGAAUGUAAGGGGAUUAUAAGACUAGAAAGGUGUUUAGAGUUGGCUCCCGUCGUUACAUUGAAACUGAUUUGUUUGUGUCUGGAUUCUAUACUUGAUACUGGUUUGUUUUCAAGAAGUUUCUGGGGAACUGGUUAUUUGGCUACUUCGCGCAAGUCCUUAAUGUAUCCUGAUUAUUUGGCUC